AACCUUAAAGUUGGCUGGGACUUAGGCAUUUAAAAUAAUGUCUUAUAUCCAAAACAUUUUCGUCCCAUUCGAAAUAUUCAAAUGCCGUCUAUUAAAACCGCCAUAUUGAACUACGGUUAUAUAUAAAAAAAUUGUUUUCUAAAAGUUUUGUACUUAUAAUUUUGAAGUUUUAAAAUAUACGACAUGAUUUAAACGAGCCGGAAAUCCCGGGAAGGAAAUACAAGCUGUGACAUAAAAAAUAUUACAAGAACCAACGACGGAAUUGUGGUUUAAAACAAUCUAUUUUUAUUACCUCCAUAAACACAAUGUUUUGGUUCAUACGGAUUAAAUUUAAUACAACCUUUUUACAGUGACAUUGUCCGCAUGAAAUGGACAUUCAGUAUUAUACGAAGUAAAAUUUUGAAUCAAUCUUAUAUUGAUAAGAACACACAGUGUGCUUACAGCAUCUUUGUGCAAUACAUUACACAUCCAACUUCUAAACUAGAGUAAACGUUAAAUUUAAAAUGCAUUUUUAAAUUUGUGCUAGCUCCAGUCGCGGUAAAGAAUUCCCUCUGCGGAAUUUUAAAUCGACUGAAUUCGUAGAGAUACGUGUAAGUUGUUAAAAUAAAAUGAAUAUAGGCAGUUAAAGAGAAUGUCGCCGUUAAAAAUGGUCGCUUUCAAGAUCGUUUUGUUUAUGGCCAUCGGAGCGUUUUGUACGAACGUACAGGAGAAUUUCUUUCAAGAGAACCGUCGCCUGUCUAAAGCUAUAGUCGAGGCGAUGCAGGACUCACAUUUCGACCAAGAGCUACUCUUCGAUCUCAAGAAAGAAAACCAAGUGUAUUUAAAUCGAACGAUGUCCCUUGUCAUUAAAUAUAUUGUGAAAAGGGAAGUGGAUAAUUACCGGUCGCGUCGCACGGAUGCCAUCAGCCGCAGGGUGUACUCGUCGCUCGUCAUGAAGCUUAUUGACAUCGCCAAGGAUCUUCCACGUAACACGAGCGCCGCCAGUCGCAUUGACACAGCACAUCGAUACUAUAUGUCAGUGGAGUCACGCGACAUGCAUGACCAGAUGGCAGACGUACAGGUCUUCCACGCUUGUGCUAGACUCUAUGACGUCAUGUUCACUGCUCCCAGAAUCAUCGCCGAAUUGGGUGUCUUGGAAGACCUUACACCUAGAAGCCUAUUGAAAAAACUCAAAGAAUUGGAAAUCAAGCCUGUACACCUCGGUGUCGCCUUGCUCAUUCAGUACCACCUUCGUAGCACCAUAAACUUCGCUAUACGCUCCAAAGCAUUAGAAGUUCUGUCUACCAAGCCUCAAAUGGUUGGACCUCAAGUCAUAGACAUGCUGAAGGCUAUAGCAUCAAGGUUGCUACCCGUGGCCGAACUGUUAGAUAUACACUUGGCACAUUCCAGCCCGGCCUUCAAGGACACUUGCCCCUCUACAUGGCUUGGAAUCGUAAAUAAUAAACAACCGUAAAAUAAAUUAUAUGUCACCAGAA